AUGUUAAUCAAAGCAAGCACUCAAAUUACUUGGGUUUGGAGAUUUUCAGUGAAAAAAAAAAAAUGAAAAAGGUCGGUAGCCAUGGUCUCAGCAAGGGUAGCCAGGGUGACAACUAAGAUAACCAGGGUGCACCAGCCAACAAACGGAGCUAAAAGUGGCAGCAACGCAUUUACUAACAAUUUGCCCAUUGGUGAAGUUAAGCAGGGAUCCAACCAAGGUAAGGUUUGCUGCACACCCGGCGAGAAGAUGACUUCUGGGACUGGGAAGUUGAACUAAUUGCAAGGGUUGUAUGUCUAAUUAUAGCAGUAGACACCGAAUGCGAAUGGUGUUAACCCAUUCCUUACGCUAUCCUAUAUAUCAAUUAAUUAUGCUGCUGCGUCCCUACCAUGUAUUGGAUGUGACCUUCAUAAAUAUUAAAUUAUGUU